UUUUCGUUGGACUGAACUGCGUGCGUGAAACGCCCCCUUUUCGGAUCACGCAGCCAAAGCGAGACUAAAUUGAGCAGCAUGUUCAUGAGAUCCAUCAUCUGAUCUACAGCAGCAGCAGAGAGCACAUCUGUCUUCAUUCUAUUCCAUUACAUUGAGAGGAGAAUCAACUCUGGAGGUCGAUUUAUGUUAUGAUUUAUAUUGUAAACUAAUAUAAAUCAGUGUUCUCUGAUGACCAAGAACUAAACAAGAACUGAACUGGAGACGCAUUUCAAAGUUCUAAGAGGGAUGAGCCGCAUUUAAUUAUGUCAGCUCAACGGAACUAAAAGCCUUUCUAAUCUGAUUUUCUGAACUUUUUUUUUUUUUUUUUUUUGAGAAUGGAGAACUUGACAGUAUUCAACGAUACUCUGGAAACUUGGACUGACCGCAGUGUCAAAUACAAGGUGAUCAGCGUCCUCAUAGUUUUCCUCAUAUGCGCUCUCGGGAUAGUUGGAAACGUGAUGGUCAUCCUGGUGGUCCUCACUACCAAACAUAUGCGGACCCCGACCAAUGGCUAUCUGGUCAGUUUGGCUGUCGCAGACCUGAUGGUGUUGAUGGCAGCCGGUCUGCCGAGCAUAGCGGACAGUUUGUUCGGUUCGUGGAUUUUUGGGCACGCGGGGUGCUUGUGCAUCACAUACUUCCAGUAUCUAGGAAUCAACGCAUCCUCGUGCUCCAUAACAGCGUUCACUAUAGAGAGAUACAUCGCUAUAUGUCACCCGAUCAAAGCGCAGUUUUUAUGCACACUGUCUCGCGCGAAGAAAAUUAUUUUGGGAGUUUGGGUUUUCACGUCGCUUUACUGCGUAAUGUGGUUUUACUUGUCCGAUAUUCAACAGGUGCUCUACAAAGAUGUGACCAUAAUAACGUGCGCUUACAAAGUGUCCAGAAACCUUUACCUACCCAUAUAUUUUUUCGAUUUUGGCAUCUUUUUUGUCCUGCCACUCACUCUUGCUACUGUCCUGUACGGCCUCAUUGCGAGAAUCUUGUUUCUUAAUCCUCUUCCAUCGGACACCAAGGAGGACAAGAACGGGCAUUACAACUUCUCCAAAGCCCAAAAGUACAAGAUGAAGAACUCCAGCCGCUGCUCCAGCACGACCGCAGCAUCCAGGAGACAGGUAACAAAAAUGCUGGCAGUGGUGGUUGUUCUGUUUGCGGUGCUGUGGAUGCCGUACCGCACUCUGGUGGUGGUGAACUCCUUCCUGCAAGAGGCCUACCUGGACACCUGGUUUCUGCUGUUCUGCCGCACGUGUGUGUACCUCAACAGCGCCAUCAACCCUCUGAUCUACAACGCCAUGUCUCAGAAGUUCCGCGCCGCCUUCCGAAGGCUCUGCCGCUGCGGACCCAAUGCCCAGGCGACCAAAGCAGCCUAUAGUGUGGCUCUAACCUACAGUGUGGCCAAGGAAACAUCAACGGUGGAAAGCACAGGGCAUUUUUCAACCGAGAUAGACGAUUUGACACCGACAGAUGAGCUGUUUCCUGAUAAGAAGCUUCUGUAUCCAGAGGACUCUGACUUUAGGAAGGAGACUUUCUGUCAGGCCUGAAAAACUCACAACAGCGACACACCACAAAUCUCAGAACACUACAGAUCUAACAUAGCACUACACACUGAACUGCAGGAACAGCACUUUGAAAGUUUCACUUUAUCUUGGUCUAAAAAAAAGCAUGCUCAAUACAGUCGAAUUCAUCUUCCUGUCUUGUUCACUUGCCAAACAGCUCUUUAGAAUAUAAAAAUGAAACCACCAUUACAUAAGUUGCAUAGUUGCAUUAUCUGCUGGAGUCAUGAUUCUUAAUUAAAAUCACUGCGUACUGCAUAUGUAAUGCAGGGUAAACUGAAGUACAUAUUGAUCUGAAAAUAUCUUCAGGGGUUGCCAUUGUGAUUAAUGAGUGGCCUUUUACCCUGCAGACCCCUGGGAAAAAAACUGAAACUGCUUUAUUCUGCAGUUGGAGUAGUUUCAGGAAUGUUAAAUAAGAGUUAACUUACUUUACAUCCUACUAUAAAGAAAUAUAUAUUUAUAUAUAGAAAUAUAUAUUUAUA